UGCCCCCCUAAAAAACCUAGGAAAACAGUCUCCUCGCCGGUCAGUCGUCCUCGCCGUCGCCCUACCCAUCUCGUCGGCGCUGUUGGCGGUCCGCGGGGAGCAUGGAUGCUAUGGAGGAGGAUACGCCUCCCGCGCCACCACCACCGCAUACGACGGGCGCGAAGCAGCCGCCGUACAAGGAUCCUGACGACGGGAGGCAGCGGUUCCUCCUGGAGCUGGAGUUCAUCCAGUGCCUCGCCAACCCCAUCUACAUCAACUAUCUAGCGCAGAACCGGUACUUUGAGGAUGAGGCGUUCAUCGGGUAUCUCAAGUACCUCAAGUAUUGGCAGCGUCCGGAGUACAUCAAAUACAUAAUGUAUCCGCACUGCCUUUUCUUUCUUGAGCUUCUCCAAAAUGCAAAUUUCCGAAACGCAAUGGCACAUCCAGCAAACAAGGAAGUUGCUCAUAGGCAGCAAUAUUUCUUCUGGAAAAACUACAGGAACAAUAGACUGAAGCACAUCCUGCCACGUCUUCCUCCCGAACCAACUCCUGCGCCUGCACCAGCACCAGCACCAGUGCCGACACCUCCACCUGUUCCUGCACCACCAUCGUCUUUGCCAACUAUGUCAGCUGUUGGUGCUUCUGCAAUGCCCCCCAUGCAGUUUAUAGGAACUCCUGGCACCAACAACCCAAAGAAUGAGAUGAGAAAUGUUAUGGGUGGUAGAAAGAGAAAGAUGGGCUAGUGAAACAUAUUGAUCAACUUCACGGCCAACGGCAUCCCAGAGAAGUGGAAACUCACCUCCCUGUUGCCUGUUGGUAGACCUUUUAAGUAGCAGACAAGUUCGAAGCAGCUCCUGCUUUCGAGCAGCUGGAGUUCUCAACGUGGCAUGCACACUUGGCCCUUGGUUGACUUGAUCAUUUAUCUUAUCCUGGCCUUUGUUGUAGUUGAAUUUAAUCUUUACUUGCUGAAACUUUGUGCCAACAGUGGCAGCCGUAAAAGCUAACAUUUAUCACAAAUUCUUAGAUGGAGCCGCAACAUUUGCAUACGCAGCUCCAUGAAACGCUCCAUUGCUCGUUCAUGUUAUUUUGCUGCACAGUUUGUGUCUGGUAAUGGAGGGCUUGCAUUGCAUUUCUCA